AUGUCCUGUGGGGAACUUAGCUUUCAUGACUUCCCAAACCAGGACCAAACUGCUUCGUUCUUCGAGGACAAGAUAGCACGAUACAGCAGCACGUCCCUCACAAUGAUGCUGUAUCCUUUGCUCGUACUCACUGCAGCACUGCUCACCGACAGCGUUGUCAGCAGAGAUUUACAGAGCCCCAUCAACACCGAUGUAGGCGUUGCCAACACUAUACGAGACACGCUCAAGGACAACGAGAUCAUUGGGGAUGUUCUGGAUGACUUCGAGCCUUCGUACGCUCUCGACAUUGUCUAUCCCAAGCAUCACGAGGUGGUCUCUCUCGGCAACGACAUCCCCGUCAAGCAUGUCCAGCAUCGGCCGACCUUCACUUUCCGUUCCAUAAAUCCGGCUGCUUUGUCAACGAACAAGACUUUCAUCAUUGCAUUGACUGAUCCCGACGCCAAAUCUCGCAUGAACCCGAAAUGGAGCGAGAUGUGCCAUUGGCUGAUCAAUAUCACCAAAAUAUCUGUUGAUGGUCCACGCGGUAAUGCGUAUGCGCUCAAGCAGACAGGCGAGCUCAAGGGCUAUAAGCCACCUGGUCCACCACCCAAGACCGGACCGCAUCGCUACGUUUUCGUGCUCUUGGAAGGCGAUAAGGACGCCGCAGCAAGCGAGCCCAAGGACCGUCAACACUGGGGCUACGGCAAGCCAAGGCACGGCGUGAGAGACUGGGCCAAAGAGAACAAUCUAAACAUCGUGGGGGCAAAUUUCUUCUUUGCAGAGAAUGAGAAGCAAUGA